AUGUCCUCUUUACCUCCUGUUAAAUCAUUGGAUUCAAAUCAAUUAGAUUCAAAUCAAAACAACACCCAACAAAAAAUUAUAAACAAUCAAUCUACUUCAACAACAACUCCAAAUAAUGGAUUGACUACCACUCAACAAUCUGGUUCAAAUCAAGAUGAUCAAUAUAGAUAUCAAUCAAAUCAAAAUACAAAUGGUCAAACCAAUUCUAAUGGUGGUGGUAAUGGUGCUUCAAAUCAAAAUGGAACCUCAAGUACCGGUAAUCAAACCACCGGUACAACAAAUGCAACAUCAACAAAUACAAAUGGUGGUGCUCCAAUAAACUCAUCAAAUGCUCCAUCUGUUGUUCCAUCUGGUCAAAUCUCUCAUCCUUUAGGUUUACAAUCAAAUGGUCAAGCCACAACAGAUUCAACUCAUGAUAAUCAACAAUAUCCAUAUUAUUAUCAACAACCUGUUUAUAAUUUCCAAUUCCAAAACCAAUAUCCUUAUCAACAACAGCAACAGCAGCAACCACAGCCACAACCACAGCCUGGUCAACAACAAAUUGGUCAACAACCUGGCGGUCAACAACAGCCUUCUCAACCAAAUCCAACUAACGCUACUGCAACUGCAACUGCAACCACCACCACUUCUCAACAACCUGGUCAACAAGGAAAUGGUUAUAAUCAAUUGAAUCCUUAUCAAGAUUAUUCUAAUUAUCAAAGAUAUUAUAAUUAUCAACAACCUCAAUCUCAAUAUUAUCAACAAAAUUUAAAUUCUGUUCAUUCAACUCCUCAACAAGGUUCAUUAAAUACAACAAAUCAAUCAUCUGCAACUGGUGGUAUAACUGGUGCACAAACUACUUCAAAUUCAACACCUUUACAAUCAAAUCCACCUUAUCCUGCCACUACAAGUUCAAAUACACCAGUUACAACUUCUUCAGUAGGACAAAUUCAACCUGUUGGUUCAAGACCAAGAGUUACUACAACAAUGUGGGAAGAUGAAAAAACUUUAUGUUAUCAAGUUGAUGCAAAUGGUGUUUCUGUUGUUAGAAGAGCUGAUAAUAAUAUGAUUAAUGGUACUAAAUUAUUAAAUGUUGCUCAUAUGACAAGAGGACGUCGUGAUGGUAUAUUAAAAUCUGAAAAAAUUAGAGAUGUUGUUAAAAUUGGUUCAAUGCAUUUAAAAGGUGUUUGGAUUCCAUUUGAUCGUGCUUUAGCAAUGGCUCAAAGAGAAGGUAUUGUUGAUGUUUUAUAUCCUUUAUUUGUUAGAGAUAUUAAACAAGUUAUUCAACAAGGUUCAACUACUCAACCAAAUACUAAUCCUCAAUGGUAUGGUGGUGCUGGUGGUGCUUCAACUACUACAGCUUCAUCAUUAACUGGUGGUAGUACAGGUAUUCCAUCAACUGCACCAACUACAGCAUCAACUGGUUCUUAUCAACCAAUUCCUUAUCAACAAGCUGGUCAACCUCAACAACAACAACAACAACAACAACAAGCUGGUCAACAACAACCUGGUUCAAAUCAAGCAUCAAAAUUAAGUCCUUAUUUAACACCAAAUUCAAUUUCAAAUCAAUCUUUACAAGAUUCUAAAUAUUUACCUCAACAACCUACUUCAACAACUACAACUAAUCCAUCAACUCAACAACCUCAACCUCAAACUCAACCUCAACAACCUGGUCAAACUCAAGCUUAUUAUAAUUCAUAUCCUUCAUAUUAUCCAUAUCAAUAUGGAACUCAAACAACACAACAACCUCAACCUCAACAACCAGGUAUACCUCAACAACAACCAGGAGCACCAAAUUAUGGAUAUAAUUAUGGUAUUCAAGUUGGUGGUUUACCACAAGUUGGAUAUGGAUAUUUACCAUCUUAUCAAAAUAAUGAAGAACAAAAAUGA